UACAAAUCUCUCAUCCUUUGUCAAAGCUCAAAGCAAAGAAAGCACCAUGAGACUGUCUGUGUGUGUCCUGCUGGUCACUCUGGCCCUUUGCUGCAAACAAGCCAAUGGACUGGCAUGUCCCACCAUGGUUACUGAACUUUUAGAGUUCUUGGAUUUCUCACCAGCUUCGUACUGGCUCUCGCUCCAGAAGUUCAAAGCACCUUCCGAAAAUGUGGAUGCAAAGUUAGAGGUGAAGGAAUGCACCGACCAGAUGUCCGCUUUGGACAGAAACCAAAUUAAAGCAGUACUGACAGAAAUUCUCCUCAGGAAGUGUACUCUGUGAAGCAUAAAAUAUACUCCUGGUUCCACUGUCUUUCAAGGAUACCCUGAUCUUCGCUGUAAAAUGUAGAGGUUUCAACGUCUUGCUUCAAUAAAUCACCAGCUCUGCACUUCU